CUUUUUGCAAUCCGUUUCUAGAGCUUCUACCGGUCAAGCUUUCUUCUCUCGCCCCCUAGCCCUCCGAGUCAAGUAAGCUCCCUUCUCUCUUCCUUAACUUUCUUUAUUCUCCAUUCUUUCUUCCGGUAAAUGUCUUCCUCCGAUAGUCAGGAUAUUUCCGCCUCGGAUGCCUACGCAUCCGAGGAAUCCCUAUCCUCUUCCUCUACCGGGUCAUCUUCACCCGAGCCUGACACUCGGUCAGCUCGAAAACCCAAUAUCCCCGAACCUCAACCGGUGAACCAAAUGCCCGGUCAGGUUUUUGCGGAGAGGGAGGAUCCGGUCAGCGACGAACCAGCCCUCUAUGACCCGGAUAAAGAGACCCGGGACCAAUGGGUAGAGAGGCUGGAAGUAGCCGGUUACUCCCCCCUCCCUACUUCCUUUGUUACAGACAUUUACCCCCAUGUUUCUAAGAUAGCCUUGAAUAAGGCCCGUAGGAAUCUUCCAGCGGGUUAUAUUCUUGAGUACGACGAGAACUGGUCCAACAUCAUAGAACCGCACCGGGACGAUAGGAUAGGUUUUCAUAUUGCCUCCUUAGAGAGUGGUACCGUCUUUCCCCUCCGCCCAAUCCUGGUCGAGCUGUGUCACUGCUUCAGGAUUCUCCCCGGGCAGAUCACACCCAACGCUCACCGGUUGCUUAAUUCUUUCGCAAACAUCUGCACCCAUCUUCGCAUCGAUCCCUCUCUUCGUCUCUUCUUGUAUAUGUUUGAGGUUUGUCCGGGUAAACCGGGUUGCGAAGGUUUUGUCUACUUCAAGGGACGGAACAAUCGCAAAUUUAUCUCUGACCUUCCACAAAGCAACCGCUUGUGGAAGGAAAGAUUUGUCUUCAUAAAAUUUCCCCCUUCUGCCAACCCUCUGGCCGGCUUGAAGUGGAGUGACAAUCUCCUCAAGCACCAGUUCACCGAACCGCACACCACUCCAGACUUGGAGGAGAGUCUGGAAAAGCUUCUCAGGGGGGAUCCCUACACCGGUCAGAUGUACCACUAUGGUGGUUGGGUCUGGCGCACCCAACCGGGUGGCGAGGGUACCUCCCAAGCCCAUGAAGCAGCGGGGCACGGGAAGGAGACCAUAGAGGUCCACUCCGAAGAGGACACUCCUCCAACUGGUGGAGCUUCCCCGGCCGGCAGGGGACCGGAAAACCCCACCCUCCAUAAGGGAAAGUGGAAGAUGAGGAUGAAGAAAGUUGCCACCACACAUCCGGCGGCGAAGAGGAGAAGGGGAGAAACUUCCCCGGCUGGAGAAUCGAUGGAGGAGCUGUGGGUCAAGAUGACCCUUAAGCUGAAAGAGAUGGGCGAGGUUGGCCCGGAGACUUUGGAGAAGCUCGCGGGGGACUCCCCCUCCCGGUCAUUUCAGAUGGAGGAGAAGCUGAAGGGAGUCGAAGCCCACAACCGGGAGCUGCAGGACCUGAUUGCCCGGCAGCUUGAUGAGCUUUCCCAUCUCUCAGCGAUUGCCGGGGAGGCCAAGGCAGAGACCCUUCAGUUGAAAGAGGAGAACUUGAAGCUAUUGGAGGACUUGGAGCUGAAGGAGCGAGAGUUCCCCGGCAGGGCCAAGCAAUGGGUGGGGGAGAACCUGGAGGAGACGGCUCGGGUGAUCACAUCCACUCCGGAGGCUGGGGAGCAGGACCACGUGCGCCCACGUGGGGGUAUGCUGCUGGCGUGGUGUGAAGUGACUGGCUCUGAGCUGCCCUGUCGUCUUGCGAGGGGAUCACCCUCCUUGUCACGUUCUGGCUUGGAAAUAUUCCUCCAGCAUCUCUGCAACGCCAACCACUACAGUCCAAGCCUCUUUUGGAUUCUUCCUGCCGACGCUCUCCGAUCUUCGGAAACUAGACCGGGUGAUCUUCGAGGCUUAUCAGAGAGCCGCAUCACACUUCUUCUUCUUAGAUUAGUUCGCCGACUGGAACAGAGGGGGGAUCGCCAGCUUGUUCUCCGGAAUUCGUGAAUUCAAUUUGUGAUUUCUUCAUCAAAUCCUUCUAGGACACAAAAAUCUGGAGCUAAAAGAUGCAUCACAGAGAGAUCAAAUGGCGUUGUAAGUUUUGUUGCAUCAUUGUUGAAGUUUAAUGAAUAGUCUAAGAAUACUAAGAGCAAAUAUGCUGUAAAAUGAAGAGAAGAAAUGAAGUGGUGGGAGGGGGGGGGUGGUAGGAGGUAAGCCUCCCAAAGUUUAUGUCAGAAAUCAUUCAAAUCUUGUUACACCUCCAGCGCUAGAAUAUGUCAUAAAUCAUUUAAAUAUUGCAGCUUCGUCACCCAAAAUUAACAGCAAAGGUCAUGCAUAGAUCAUUCUGGUAACACUUUCAUCUCUAGACGUUCUUCCUUACCUUGGGCAUCAUAUGUUUUUCUUGACACGAUCAAUUAUAAAUAGCCUACUCAUCU